AAAAAAAAAAAAUUGGAAGGGGAAAACAUGUUCCGUUUGUAUAAUGGAAAAGUUUGGAGCAGAGUUUCUCAACCUGGAGGUUGGGACCCCUGGGGGGGGGGUCAUGAGGGGGCUUCAGCGUGGUCUCCAGACCAUCAGAAAACGCAAAUUUCAGAUGGUCUUAGGCGACUCCUUUGGCAGAAAAGACUGAAGACCACCUGUCCUUUGGCCCAGUUCUUUCGAUGGUGGGAUUCAAGGGGACUUUGAUUGUAGGUGAACUGUAAAUCCCAGCAACUACAACUCCCAAAUGUCAAGGUCUAUUUUCCCCAAAUUCCACCAGUGUUCACAUUUGGGCAUAUUGAGUAUUCGUACCAAGUUUGGUCCAGAUCCAUCAUUGUUUGAGUCCACAGUGCCCCCUGGAUGUAGGCAAACUACAACUCCCAAACUCAAGGUCAAUGCCCACCAAACCCUUCCAGUAUUUUCUGUUACCGUGUUUCCACCGUGUUUUCUGUUACCGUGUUUCUGUCACCGUGUUUCUGUUACAGUGUCUUAUAUUAUUUUUUACUCCCAAAGAUGCGCUAGGUCUUAUUUUCAGGGGAUGGCUUAUUUUUCCAUGAAGAAGAAUUCACAUUUAUUGUUGAACAAGAAAAUGAACAUUUAUUCUAUACUGUACAGUAGUUGUCAUCACAAACCAACAUAACCAAACCAGACAAACUGUGACUUCUGUAAAGAAUUUCUUGUUACGUCCAUUAUUUCCAUAUACAACUGGUAUGUACAUUUACCAAUCCUGCAUGCUAUGGUGUUUUGUUUUGUAGGCGCCGGACAUGCUUCCAAACAAAAACUUUGCUAGGUCUUACUUUCGGGGGAGGCCUUAUAUUUAGCAAUUCAGCAAAACCUCUACUAGGUCUUAUUUUUUGGGGAUGUCUUAUUUUAGGGGUAGUCAUGGGAGUUCUGCGUGCCAAGUUUGACUCAAUUCCAUUCUUGGUGCAGUUCAGAAUGGUCUUUGAUUGUAGGUCAACUAUAAAUCCCAGCAACUACAACUCCCAAAUGGCAACAUCAAUCCCCACCCCAAACCCACCAGUAUUCACAUUUGUGCCAAAUUUGGUCGCGUGAAUGAAAAUACAUCCUGCAUAUCAGAUAUUUACACUACGAUUCAUGACAGUAGCAAAAUGACAGGAAGUAGCAACGAAAAUAAUUUUAAGGUUGGUGGUUACUACAAUGUGAGGAACUGCAUUAGGAAGGUUGAGAUCCACUGGUUUAGAGUCUCCUCAUUCCUCCGGUUGAAAGGGGAGGCAAGCACUGUUUAGUUUUGCUUUUUUGCAGCGGGGAAACAGCCUGGGGAAAUGCAUGCAGCUCUCCAAGGUCAACUUUGCCUUAAAAAGAAACGCCGCCCCAAAUGUGGAGUAGGAGGGAGAGAGGGGAGAGAGGGGAGAGAGUGGAGGGGUUUGGAGAGAAGGAGGCGCAGAGAUGCGUCACAGAGGAACAGAUUCCCCCAAAGCAAACGGGGACGUUCCUACUCGAGUUUUGCCCCUCAGCAACCUGAUGCUGUUGUUUCUUCCUCUGGGUUUCAGGGACGUGGGAGAAGCCUCCGCUGGCUGCCUUUUCCCUGCCUGCAAAGGCAGGGUGGAUCCAUGGCUGGCUUGCCACUCUCUGCCUCCGCCUCCAGGUCCUGCCCAUUGGCUCCCUGGGCUGCAGCUUCCAGCCUCCUUUGCAAGGAGCCAGCCAAGGGACUGGGAGUUGUGACGCUCCAGGUCAGGAUUGGCCAUCCCAGGUGUCCAAAGCAGAGCCCGGACCAAAGUCCUGCCCACAUUACUACUGACUAACAACUGUUCAUGUGAACACUCGCUGGUGCAAAAGGUUCCAUCUUGGCUUUCUUCUGGGGCAUUUCUGGGCUCAGCAGCUUGCAUUGCUGUCUUCCUUCAGGAUUGCCCCACAAGCCUUCUGGAGAAAGUUGGCCACUUUGGAGGCCCCUGGAGAGCUGGAGGGGCUGAGCUGGACCAAGACUGGGGCUGAGCUGGCCCAAGGCAGCGAUGCCACACACCCCGCGCCAACGCUUGCAGCCCCGCGCACCUGUGUGGUCCGAGACGGAAACGCGGGAUUUCCUGGCCCUCUGGGGUGAGCUCCUCAUCCUGCGGUGGAUCGAAAAUCGCCCACCAAACAGUGACAUCUACGAAGACCUCUCGGCCCAAAUGAUGGCCCGGGGUCACGAGCGCAAUGCCUCGCAGUGUAGGAACAGAGCUCGGGAUCUGAAGCGGAGCUACCGGAGGGCCAAGGAUGCACAAGUGUGCGCCGGAGCAGAACCGGUUUCCUGUCGCUACUUCCGAGAGUUGGAUCGGAUGUUCGGUGGCGAAAUGGACAGCGUUGCAAAUCGAAGCCUGGGCAGCAUGGACGGAUCCAGGCGCGUUGUUGUGAAGACCGAGGACGCUGAAGAUAUGGAGGCCCACGUCUCUGAGGAAGAGGGCAACCAAAUGACGCCACCAAACACGCUUUCGAGCAUGGAUGCCGACACUGACACAGAAACAGAACCCAAUUUGGGGAUCUCGCGAGAUCUGGUGGCCUCAGACCCGGAUGUGAUUGAAACCACAAUAGGAGAAGAGUGCUCUGAAGAGAAACCAGUGCCUUUACGCAGACAACCAGUCGCUGGCCCCAGUGAAGAUGGGCAUCAUGUUGCUACUGGCCGCGGAAGACGGGAGAAUAGCCUUGGGCGUCCUCUGACAACAGCGGAAAGAAUGGCAUCCAUGCGGGAGAGGAAGCGGCGGUCGCAUGAAGAAAUGAUGCAUGAGAUCAUGACAGACUACAGGAGGACCUGGGAAACCAUGGAGGCACUUCACGAAAGAGGCGAAGUCAGUGCUGGGGAGUUUCGUGAAGCAAUGCUGAGGGAAAUGCUUCUAGAUCGAGAGGCUCGGACCCGAGAAGCCCAGCUCGAUCGUGAAUCUCGGGCUCGAGAGGCCCAGUUGGACAGAGAGUCAAGGGCCAGGGACAGCCAGCUGGAGAGGGAGAUCAGGAUUAAGGAGCUCAACAUGAUUGAAGCAGAGUUGCAGCGCACCAGGGAUCUCCUCCAUCCCAUGGUUGAUGCUGUGGUCUCUGUUGCUGAGAUCUUGCGUACAACAGGCAAAAAACUACGGCAGUCUUGUCAACUGAACCAAAGUGAAGAAGGUCCCUUUUUGGAAUUGGGAGAUAACAAAUAGUUCCUCACACCCUGUUUUCUUUGGGUAAUAGUUUAUAGUGACUGUGUUGGACAAAACACAGGGAGAACAAGUUGGGAGAUGUUGAGAAGAUGGCACCUUCAAGAGUUUGAAACUCUAAACGAUGCUGGUUACAUUUGGAAGGAAUUUUCUCCUGUCUUGUAACAAGUUCAGCUGCUCCUGCUCAUCGUAAUUUAUGAAAAAUAAUGUAAUUCUAGGUGAUUUGAGGGAGGACCCCAAAAUGAGUUUUUUCAAUUCAAAUUCUUUCUUUUCUAAUGUUAACCAGUACCAGGAGUUGAAUGGCUUAAGUAUCUGGCAACAUUUCCUAGAGUAUGCUACCGCAAACUAGUGCUUGAAGAAAUUUCCUGAUCAGUAGCCAUGCUGCAUAGAGGGGAUUCUGGGGGGUCUGAGUGCAAAAAAAAAAUGCUUUCCCAAACUUUGUCAGUAACACAUUUUGGAGUACAAAAUUGAUUUGAAAUUGAGAAUUGGUUCUGUACCUGCUGAUUAUUUCCCAGUGCAGAGUAUUUCCUUUCCAAAUCUUCAUUAGCAAUACUAUAUUCUUUUAUCAUAUGGAGACAAACUAUAGUGUAAAACUCCUGUCAUUAUCCCGUUUGUACCCUUCUGAGAGCUGCAGUAGUGGGUAUGGUUUUUUGAUAAUGAAAAACAUUUAAAAUGGAUUGGUACAAAAUUAUUUAGUUGUGGAAAAUGGGAAUGGGCACUAGCUUGUGUGUAAUUUCUUGGUGUGUCAUAGAAAAUUCAACUAAAAGUGCUCUGGUUGAAAUUUUUACUGACAUUUAUGUGCUUAUAAAUGCAUUUACAUCCUUUCCUUCCUCUAAAGAGCUCAAGACAGUGUGCACUGUUCUCUCUUCCCCACUUUAUUGUCACAGCUGUCUCUCUGGGAGGAAGGUCAGGCUGAAACAGAGCUGAUUGACCCAAAGUCACCCUGUGCAUCUCAUGACUCGCUGGAGACUACAACCUGGAUCUCGCACAUCAUAGAUCCAUAAAGUAGAAAGAGACCACAAGGGUCAUCCAGUGCAUCCUGACAUGCAAAUCCCAGUCCAGCGCUGGUAUCAUUACACCAGAAUGGCUGUCCCUGAAAUUACCCGGUAACCCAGUUCUUAAUUUAGCAUCCCAAGAAUUUCAUGAUUUAGUCAUUUAAGUCAUUUAAAUGUCUAAACUAGCUCCUUAGGCCCGUGUAAGUCACCUUUUUGACUUGAACUUAAAUUUUUUUACUCAGGACUACAGAUAGAACUAUUUUCUUCCAGAAAUAUAGCUGUCCCUACUGAUUCCAGGGGAGCCCCUGCUGAUGCAAUGUGUUAAAGCGCUGAGCUGCUGAACUUGCGGGCCGAAAGGUCACAGGUUCGAAUCCGGGGAGCGGAAUGAGCGCCCGCUGUUAGCCCCAACUUCUGCCAACCUAGCAAUUCGAAAACAUGCAAAUGUGAGUAGAUCAAUAGGUACCGCUCUGGCAGGAAGGUAACGGUGCUCCAUGCAGUCAUGCCGGCCACAUGACCUUGGAGACAAUGCCAGCUCUUCAGCUUAGAAAUGGAGAUGAGCACCAACCCCCAGAGUCGGACACGACUGGACUUAACGUCAGGGGAAAAUCUUUACCUUUACCUUACUGAUUCCAGAGAAGCUUGGGAAUUGGUAGAGCAACUCGUUCUCCCAAUGAAGACAGACUUUUUUGCUGUCUCCCCAAUCCUUGCAGCACCUACAACUGCUUUAUGUCUUUACAAGUCGUUCCCCUCUCCUGUCAAUUCUUCAAAUAUUGUUACACUUGGGAAUGAAACAUUGACCAAUAAUUGUAAAAUCCUUUACUCCUAAGGUCAGCAUUCCAGUCUGGUACACGUGGGAUGCUGUGUACCAUGGCUGUGUUUAUAUAUUCUUAGUGCCAUGAUUUAUUCUGGCAUGUAGAUGAUUGUAAGCCUUUUUGGUCACAACAGGGCGGGCUUCUUAAAUGUUUCCACUUUGGACCUCUUUUGGCCCCAGAAAUUUUUACACAGCCCCAAGUAUAUACCGUAGAUAUGUAAAAUAUAUAAAAAUCAAACAUUUACUGAUAACAAAUCAGUAUUUGCAAUGUUUCCCAAACAGGCUGAUUUUCCUUUUUAUGAAGUACAGCUGAAGCAUCUUCUGCAGAGUCCACUGUAAACUGCACAACAGUUUAAAUGUUUUAAAAAGUCACCCCAACAUUAUGCUAAGGGGACCCAUUUGGGUCUGGGACCCACAGUUUAAGAAGCAGUUGCUUAGAACCCCCCCACCUUGGAGGUCAUUUCAGUAAAUAAACUGCUCUAUUCUGCAGUCCACUAAAGCUUUCUUGCCUCUUCCCUUUACACAUCACCUCAACAACUCUCUUCCAAGGAAUGAGGCCAUACUAUAAUUCUCCUUCUUUCUCCAUGACACCUUUCUAUAUCCUUCAUUCAUCCUUUUCUUCACAUUGUCAUGUCUUAACCUACUGCCCAUAGAUUGGAAAUAUAAACAGGUUCCCAGUUAAUGCUUUCCCCCAGCAAUUAUUUUCAUAACGCAUUACAAUUAUGGAGGGAUAACUACUCUUUUGCAGCACAAAAGUAAAUGUUAAGAGUUACAGAGGUCUGACUUCACAAAUGGUGGAGUAGAUCACAUGCUUCACAUGUCCCACUGUUUCUUUAUGCUUAUUAGUUGGAGUAGUCAUGAGGUCAACGGAAGAUAUUUUGUGCCAGAAUCAGCAGUUUUGUAGCAUCUAUAUUGUUUUCCUAAUACCCGAAUGUUUAUAAUGACUUUUUCAAAGCAGAAAAUCUGACUUUGAAAUGUGAUUAUUUUGGUAAUAUUGCUUUGGGCCUUUGGACCUUUAUCUGUAACUAACUCUUUUCACUGUAACUUUCCAGGCUCUGCAGUUGCUUAAUUUCCACCUCUUUUAGCCCUGACUGUAGGUUUAUUUCCAUCUACUUGUCAUUAUUGUCUAUGCCUCCUUUCAUUUUUCUUAGAUGGUGUGCAUCUACACUGUAGAAUUAAUGAAGUUUGACACCAUUUUAACUGCCAUGGCUCAGUGUAUGAAAUCCUGAGAUUUGUAGUUUAGAAAAGCACCAGCACUAUUUUACAGAGAAGGCUGAAGACUUUAUAAAACUACAAUUCCAUAGCAUUGAGCCAUGGCAGUUAAAGUAAUGUCAAACUUCCAUGAGGAGAGGCGGAGAGGCAGGUAAGAAAUAAUAUUCUUAUUCUUCUUAUUGUAAUUCUGCAGGGUAGAUGCACCCUUUGUCGCCUUUUGUAUGGGCCUUUCACUUUCUGCUCUGAAUUUUAUUCCGUGACAUUGUGAUGAUUGAACUCCAUGGCUAACAUAAGGAUGAGAAAUCAUGGAGCCUUACAAUAUAUUGCUGGACUGCCACUGCCAGCAACCCCAAACAGUAUAAAGAGGAACCAGCAUUAAUUACAACCCCUGUGCUAUCAUAUCAAAUGAUAGCCAGCUAUAUCAUGGAAAAGCAUAUUCUGCUGAAUGUUGAGGGUUUUGGGUGGUGGGAUAAAACUUUGAUUGAAUCAGCACUUCACUGCCUUUAUACCCUAUCACUAUGUUUUUCAAAAGGGAUAGAGAACUGCAAGGAUUAAAUUAUUUAUUAGCAUGUAAAUAUAGAACUUUCUCCAGAAACCAAGGGCUUAUUUAGCAAUUGAAUUUUUUAAACUCAUUGGAUUUAGACCAGUACUGGCAGAACUGUCCAAGAACUUAACUCUUACAAAGAUAUUAAACCAGAUUAGGUUUCGAACGAAUUCACUUACAGAAUGGAACUUGCUCUAUAAGGUUUUUUAAAAAUGUGAAUAAAGUUUUAUCAGAAAA